GAAGUAGUCCAGAAGAUAUCGUGCAAUGGAAGAAGUGACUGGGCUGAAGUUGCUUCGCAUAAUCGUCCCGACAUACUCCCAUAGGGGCAAGAGUGCGCUUCUCGAGUGCAGAUACGACCUAGAAGCGGACAAGCUUUACUCCAUCACGUGGUACAAGGAUCACGAGGAAUUCUACAGAUACGUGCCUAGAGGGGAACCUAUGAAGCACAGCUAUCGCGUGGAGGGCGUUAAAGUUGACCACCGGCAGUCCAAUCACCAGCAGGUACUGCUGCAGGACGUCAGCCUGCACAGCAGCGGACAGUACAAGUGCGAGGUGAGCGCGGAGGCACCAAGCUUCAACUCGGUCAGCGCAGAAGCCAGCAUGGAAGUCGUAGUUCUGCCGCAAGACGGGCCGUCGAUAACCGGCGAGGAGAAGGUCUACGCGACCGGCGACGUCCUUGGGCUGAACUGCACCAGCGGCAAGUCUCAUCCAGCCGCGAUCCUCAAAUGGUUCAUCAAUGGGGAGCAGGUGAAACCAGACACGGAAAUGGUGUUCGAGCAGCACGGACUCUACUCGGUGAUAUCCAGUUUACGACUGCAAUUGGAACCGGAUCACAUCGCCGGCGACAAAAUAAACGUCAGAUGCGAGGCGAGAGUGGAAUUGGAUUCCAACCCGGACGAGCCACUCCUCCAGACGCGCACGACGGAAGUUUUCGUGGAAGGACACGCCAGCUUCGCGACGCCUUCCGUCUGCCUGACACUGGCCAGCGCGCUGCUUCUCAGACUACUGCCCGCGGUCUAGGAACAAAUAAUACCACGUAACGAAGCCCACUCGUCGCGUGUGAAUCGCGCUCGCGGCUGGCCGCGCGUCGCGUUCACCACACCGACGCUACUGCCGCACGGCUGGACUCUCCUCCAUCGAGCGAAGCAGAUCGAAGACAAAACAGGACUCGCCGUCGACGAAGGAAGAUUUAGCAAGAGAGAAAACUCCCAGAGAGAGAGAGGGGGGGGAGAGAGAGAGAGAAAGAGAAAGAGAAAGAGAGUACCAGAGGAGGAUGGUGGUUCAAUGAGUCGGAAACAGAUUGCCAAAUAGAGUUUCGAGACAGGUGAAACUGGACGAAAUAUUCCGUGUUAUCGGCGAUGGCGAGUGCUGUCGCUCGGCUACUUGGCAGAAUGGUUGAUCGAUCGGUACCACCGGGGUCGCCGUGAGUCAAUCGCUGGGGCAAUCGCGCGCGCGGAUUAUCGCGCUGCGUUUUACGACGCGCGCGACUCGCGAAACACGAUUUACGAGCCUGUAAGCGGAUUAAUUUGCACGAAUCGACAUCGUGCACGGGCUAGCGUGAAUAUAUUGUACAGUCGGCAGUCUCGUUUUAGAAAGAACGGGCAAGGCGAUGAUGGGGAGCCUCUUCACCGCGGCGAUUCCGCUGGUGAUCGACGAGCGAUGCGACGAGCGAGAGGCCGAGAACCACGCGUCUCCUCCUCCUCCUCCUUUUAUUCCUCUCCACCACGCGCAUUAUCCGUGUUUCUCUCGCAUGACGCGCACUCGCGUAGCACGCAAACGAUACCUACGUGUAACCCGUAAUACGGCUUCGAAGCUUCUAAACUCCCGUUGUACGUCCGAAAAGAAAAGGCGGCCGAGUCGGCUCGCUCGCGGCGCUCGCGACUCUCUCGCUCGUCGCGAAAAGUUACGCGAGAAACGCGUAAUUAAGGGGAGACCAACAUUCCGACCAACUUCCCUUCGCGUCCACCAUCGUGUCCUCUCUCUCUCUCUCUCUCUCUUUCUCUUUCUCUUUCUUUCUCUCUUUCUCUUUCUCUCUCUCUUUCUCUCUCUCUCUCUCUCUCUCUCUGUAUACUUUGUACAUAGCUGCGACGCCUGCACGCGCGUACACCACCUGCCCGUGUUAUCUACAGAAAAAAAUAAAAAAUAAAAAAAAGCAAAAAAAAAAAAAAAGAAAAACACUAGAGGUACCUCGACGAGAUAAAUUACGAUAGAUGAUGGGAAAAAAAAAAAGAAA